AAGCAUCAUUAUUUUUUAAAACUGAAAGCAUCAUUCCAGUAUCUAAAACAGUACCUUCUAUUCUCUCUUUGUUUCUCUUAUUAUAACAGAAAUACCAGCCUAUUUCCUCCAUACUUGUACUGUCUAACUCUCUUACCUCCAUUUUCUGAUAAAGGGUCUUAAAGGGUGUCCAAAUCUUGGAUUUUCUUUAAAAUUUGUUAAACUUUUUGUGUUAUUGUAACUUUCCCUCUACAGCUCUACUUCUUCCGAAAGUUACUGAAAAUAGGAAGUUACCAACCCCAUUUUCUCCGUACUUGUUUUGUCUAGGUCUAUAAACUUCAUCUUCUUGAAAAAGGGUGUCCAAAUCCUGAAUUUUCUUGGAAAUUCUUAAACCCUUUUGUAUUUUUUUGUAACCUUCCACUAGUCCUUUUGAUCUUUGCAGGUAAAAGGGUGGUUGAAUUGUUACCUUUUGGGGGGUCUUUGACCUUUUCAAGUAACGAUUUUUGGACCAAUUUAUGUAUAUUUUGUGGGAUCGGUGAAAAAAGAGGUUAAAAUAUGGUGACUAAGGUGACUUCCCCUAGGAAAUCUAUACACACAGUGUUGGAGAGAGUUGGGGUUUAUGGGUUUGGUGGUAGCAGCCAGAAGAGAUGCAAAUAUGAUUUUCAAGAUGAAGAUGACACAAUGGAAAUGGUGCAAAUUGGGGCUGAAAGGACUAAAAAUGUGCUUAUUUUGAUGAGUGAUACUGGUGGUGGUCAUAGGGCUUCAGCUGAGGCAAUUCGGGAUGCUUUCAAGUUAGAAUAUGGAGAUGAAUAUAGGAUUUUUGUCAAGGAUGUUUGGAAGGAAUACACUGGCUGGCCAUUGAACAACAUGGAACAACAAUACAAGUUCAUGGUUAAACAUGUUGGCCUUUGGAGCGUCGCAUUUCAUGGCACGUCACCUCGGUGGAUACACUCUGUUUAUCUUGCUGCUAUUGCCGCCUUCUAUGCCAAAGAGGUAGAAGCUGGUCUAAUGGAGUACAAGCCAGACAUAAUUAUUAGUGUUCAUCCUCUUAUGCAGCACAUUCCUUUGUUGGUUCUUAAAUGGCAAGGCCUACAGAAGAAAGUAAUUUUCGUAACAGUCAUUACGGAUCUCAACACUUGCCACCGUACAUGGUUUCAUCCAGGAGUCAAUCGUUUGUACUGCCCCUCGGAGGAGGUAGCAAAGAGGGCCUUACUAGAUCGUCUGGAAGAAUCGCAAACACGCAUUUUUGGAUUGCCCAUCCGGCCUUCUUUUUGUCGAGCAGUUCUUAUCAAGGAUGGCCUUAGAGUAGAACUUGAGAUGGAUCCCACGUUGCCAGCGGUUUUGCUAAUGGGUGGCGGUGAAGGGAUGGGUCCUGUGAAAAAAACUGCAAAGGCUCUUGGUGAAGCACUGUUCGAUAAGGAACUUGGCAAACCUAUCGGUCAAAUGAUUGUCAUAUGUGGACGCAAUGAAGCCCUAGCAUCCACAUUACGAUCACUCGAAUGGAACAUCCCCGUUCAGAUCAAAGGAUUUCAGACACAAAUGGAGAAGUGGAUGGGUGCUUGUGAUUGUAUUAUUACAAAGGCUGGACCUGGUACAAUUGCUGAAGCAUUAAUCAGGGGGCUUCCCAUUAUUCUGAACGACUACAUUCCCGGACAAGAGAAGGGAAAUGUUCCGUUUGUAGUAGACAAUGGAGCAGGUGUUUUCACGCGACGCCCCAAGGAAACAGCUCGGAUUGUUGCAGAAUGGUUUACCAUCAAGAGAGAUGAGCUGAAAACGAUGUCAGAGAACGCGCUGAAACUUGCACAACCUAAUGCAGUCUUUGAUAUUGUGAAGGAUAUACAUGAACUGGCAUGCCAGAGAGGUCCUCUUGCCAAGAUUCCUUACAUAUUGACAUCUUCAUUUUCAAACUUAAUUUAACAUUAUCAAAUUGAAGUUUACUUACCAGGUCUAACUAAGGUUUGUUGUAGUAACAUAUUAUGUAGGAGAGUAGGUUCAGUGAUCAAUCUCAUUCUUUGGCCACAAAGGUUUGGACACCCUUUGUAAGCUGUAAUUUUUUUGCUAGACGUAUUGUUAUCCUUGGUUAAAAAAUACAAGAGGCAGAGGCUCUAUUGGAAACAGGAUCUCCACCUUCAUAAGGUAGGGGUAAGGUUUGCGUAGACAUUACCCUCCCCAGACCCCACUUGUAGGAUUCCAAAGGGUUUGUUGUUGUUGUUUGGUUAAAAAAUACAAGAGGUCGAGGGUCUAUCGGAAACAACCUCUCCACCUUGAUAAGGUAGAGGUAAGGUCUGCGACUCUGCUUACACAUUACCCUCCUCAUACCUCACUUGUGGGAUUCCAUUGGGUUUGUUGUUGUUUGGUUAAAAAAAAAUACAAGAGAUAGGAUUGCCAAGAAAAGGGAAGGUGCAUUGAGGUUUCCGAAUGACUUUUUAUUAUUAUUAUUAUUAUUAAGUUUUGUGUGGAAAUAGGAGAGUAUGAUUAUGAUUUUUGACUUUAGUUUCAUGUAAUUAUUUUUGCAAAUAUUCUUCUCUGGCUUUUUAGUUUCUUGCCACCAGUGGCAGUGUCAUUGUCAGAAUAGAGUUUGCUUGUCUUAGAGGAUCUGUAUAAAGAGGUUGCUUCUAAGACUGAAGAAAGUUUUAAUUUAUCCAGCAAAGUUCAUCUGUGUAUAA